AAUCUCCGUUCAGUCUUUCCCUGGCUUCACCAUCCACCGCCCAAAACCCUAGCGGCCGUCCACUUUCCUACCCCUGCCGCCGCCGCCGCCUCCGCCUCUCCCCACCAGCCACCGGGUCCAACCGACCAAGUCGCGCACGAUGGCGACCUCCUCGCGUCUCGGCGGUGCCCGCCUCCCCUCCGGAUCCACAUCCUCCAUCAUUGCCGGGGCCGUGAGCGGCUACCACUUGCUCAAGGUCGACGGCUACUCGCGCACCAAGGAGCUCCCCAAUGGCGAGUGGAUCGACUCUUGCCCGUUCCAGGUGGGAGGCCGCACAUGGCAUCUUCGUUACUAUCCCAACGGGGACAAGUCCGAGUACAUCGAUUACAUAUCCCUCUUUCUCACACUCGAUGAUACCGUAGCCAAGGGCGAGACCGUGAAGGCACAAGUUAAGUUCAGCUUAAUCGACCAAGACGGGAAGCCGGUGCCGCUGCAUACCUUGACUACCAAGAUCAGAGACUUUUUGGUGGGUAAAAGUUGGGGAUUCCAGAAGUUUAUGAAAACGGAGGAAUUGGAGAAAUCAGAGCAUCUCAAGGACGAUUCCUUCACUGUAAAGGUCGAUGUCGCUAUGAUGAGCGAGUUCCAUGCGCAGGAGACACCAUCCAUCCCGGUGCCACCGUCUGACUUGCACCAGCAUUUGGGGAUUCUCCUGUCGAGCAAGGCGGGCGUCGAUGUCGAAUUCCGAGUCGGCGGGGAGACAUUUUCGGCCCACCGGUUGGUGCUAGCGGCGCGGUCUCCAGUCUUCAGAGCAGAAUUCUUCGGUUCGAUGAAGGAGGGAACCACCACUGAGGCCAUACCCAUAGAUGACAUGGAGGCGCAAGUGUUUAAUGCUCUGCUUACUUUCAUGUACACUGAUACGUUGCCAGAUAUGAAGCAACAAGAAGAAUCUGCCAUGGCUCAGCAUUUGCUUGUUGCAGCAGAUAGGUAUGAUUUGGAGAGGCUGAAGCUGAUUUGUGCAGAUAAGUUGUGCAAGCAUAUCGAUACUAGCUCCGUGGCGACCAUCUUGGCAUUGGCGGAGCAGCACCACUGCCAGGAGCUUAAGGCAGCAUGCUUGGUGUUCCUCAGCUCACCGACGAAUCUGGAUGCAGCCAUGGAGUCUGAAGGCUUCGACCUUUUAACCAAGAGCUGCCCUGGUGUUAUGAAGGAUUUCCUCGUGUCCCAGGUUGUUCCUAGUUUACUUGGGAAAAGAAAAUCAAAGGCAUGAACAUGAGGUUUCGAUCAUGAUGCCAUUCACAAUCAUCAGUCCAGAAAGUAACAACAGACUCUGCAAAUCUGCGUGCUAUCCAGUAUUAGUAGUUUUAUGUGUAGUCUUGUUCUCACAAGGAUGCAAUGUACGUUAGUGCUUUUUUGUUUGGUCGUCAUAUCCUUUGCGGAGAACUAUUAAUGGUUUGACAAGCUAUGUACAAAGCAAGAACCAUGUGUGCUAAUUAGUGAUCAGUUAGUUCAGACCUUGUAAGCCUUUCAACUAGUUGCCCUUUACAU